UUGCUAUUUAUUAUUUUCUCAAUUCAAAAUCAGCAGCAAAAGUCAUGUCAGCCCCAGCCAAACCCAUCAUCCUCGUCACGCGUAAGCUGCCAGCACAAGCACAAGCGCGGCUAUCCGCGCUCACCAGCGUCACCGUGCGCCAGCACCUCAGCACAGCGCCGAUCUCGCACAGCGAACUUCUCUCCGACAUCCGCGGCAGCUCUGCACUCAUCUGCCUUCUCUCGACAAGGUCGACAGCGAGCUGCUCCAGGCAGCCGGGCCCCAGCUGCGUGCAGUACGCCACAGCUGACACCACUGUGCUUCUGGCGCUGAUGGCGUCGCGGCUGGCCAAGACGGCGCUGGCCAAGGCUGCAAAGGGCGAAUCCGCAUUCACAUUGUCGGAGGGACUCGGCUCGCAGUUCACGGGCAAAACACUGGGUAUUGUUGGGCUCGGACGCAUCGGCUGCGCAACCGGCCGCCGCCUGCUGCCCUUUGGCUUUACGCGCGUACUGUACACCGGCUCGCGGCCACACAGUGACCGCGCUAGUGCGCUUAAUGCCGAGUUUGUUGGGUUCCAUGAGCUUCUGCAGCUCGCCGACCUUGUCUGCGUCUGCUGCCCACUGACCGACCGCACGCGUGGCAUGUUUGGCCGUGAGGCGUUCCAACACGUGAAGCCAGGCAGCAUCCUGGUGAAUACCGCGAGGGGCGCGGUGAUCGACCAGGAGGCGCUGCUGGAGGCGCUGGAUGCGGGCGCAUUGGCGCAUGCUGCGCUGGACGUCACGGUGCCGGAGCCGCUGCCUGCUGGCCACCCGCUGCUGUGCCACCCAAAGUGCACGGUGCUGCCGCAUAUUGGCAGCGCCACUGAGGAGACAAGGAAUGCCAUGGCGAACCUGGCCAUUGACAACGCGCUGGCAGCUGUGCUUGGCCAGCCGAUGCCCGCCGAGGUCUGCAUUGGAAUAGAACAGACUUGAGCGCUGCACAACAACCCCCUUAUCCUGAUCCUGAUCGGAUUGCGAUCAGGCCUUGUCUUUUUCCUUUUCCUGUAUUUGUUGGCUGGCUUUUUGCGCAAAGACAAAAAACAAAGUAGAAUUAUGUUUUUCCUUUUUCAAGCUUUUCUUUUGCUUUUUGUUUUGUU